CGAGGGGCGCCGGGCGAGAGGAACGGUAUCGAUCUUGGGGCGAGGCACCGCACAGUCCCGGCCGCGACCCGCUGCCGCCCGCCCGCGCCGCAAGCCGUGUUGUUACAGUGCUCGCGAGUGUUCGCCAGUGCUCGGCAGUGCUCGCCAGUGCUCGCAGUGUCCCGUCGCGCAAUGCUGCCAGCACGCUGGCCGCAUUAAUCAUACGUCGCCAGAUAUGCUACAAUCUUUAUUACAGCCAAGAGAUAAUCAACGACCGAAAAUGAUCGGUGCGAUGCCAGCAGUAGCGGUGCGGCAUGAGCGGCGGCGCGCUGAGAAGCGUAGCGGCGGGCGCCGGCCCUCGCAGCUGCCGCUGCAGCUGGGCCGGCUGGAGGACGCCACGCCCUCGCCCGAGCACCGCCUGAGGAACGAGCUCUAUGUCUGCGGGAAGGUUGCAGCACUUCAUGCGAUUGUAGGCUCUCUGCUACUGGGAAUAGUGGUGCUGGUGGUGGGGUUAGUGCAGCUGUCGCCAGGUGCGGAGGCGGCCCAGCAUCGCUACUAUCUGAUGGGUGCUGGAGCCGCGCUUGUAGGGACGGGCGUGCUUGGAGCUGUGCUGAGGUGUCUCUGCUUACACUGGUACAACAUUAAGUUCCAAGAGGAAUAUGACGAGCGGGUGCGUGCCACGCAGAAGAACUGCGUGAGCGUGGUGGAGAGCCACCACGACCACCGCCAGAACAGGCCCAAGCUGAAACCACAGGUCAGCGUUCAAGAUGUAGACCUCAUCAAGCAACCCUCAGUCGCCAGCGAUACUUAAAUCUGACCACUCAUAGUUUAGUGUACUUCUAGUGAUAAUACUUGCCGUGCCGCUGUAGGGGGUGACAAAAGUUCUUCAGGGGUCCACUAGAUGAUAGUUUUGCUGCCAGUUUUGCCAUACUCACUGACUGAUGGAUAAAUGGCGGCUACGUACGAUCACUUUUCACUUACGGUGAUAAGAAAAUAUGAAAAGAAUAUUAGCCAUCUGAAUCAUGACUAACAUUCCCCUCUCCCCUCCAACUAAGCGUAAAGCUUGUGCUAGGAGUGGGUACGACAAUUAUAGUGCAACGGGUGGGGUUUGAACCGCCGACCUUUCGGAUUUCAGUCCGCUCCUAUAAUUGUUGAGCUAUUGAGGUAUUGUUCAUCUGGCAGUUUUCAUGCUAUACAAUCUCAAUUUUUAGCCGGUUUAAACCACAGAACUCCCUAAUACCUACCCUAUUUAAAGGGUAUCACUUUUGUAUGAAAACCUCGCGAGCCACUCCGCAUAAAGAAUCACGUAUUCUCCACACAGGCGUCAGGGCUGGCUCUUCCAACAUCAAAGGUUUAAACUGUUCAGUCAAAACUGAUGAGUGAUCAUAUUAUUAUGUAGCCAGUCUCGUCCCCUCUUCACUUCCAUCGCGACUGCCUGCAAGGCCCUGGAACGAUGCGACGCAAUCACUGUUGCAACAUUUGAGACAACAUGAAAAUAGCUCACUGACUCUUGAUAGUAUCAUCAAAGAACUUUUGUAACACCCUGAAGAGGAGUUU